GAUGGCAGGGGAAGAAGACGAUGGCGGUGAAGGCGGCGCUGGUGAUGCAGGUUCGCUGCGGCGGCGAUCGGUCCUCCUUCCGGUCACCAGGAAGUUGACCAGCAUCAGGGAAUCGCUGUUGAAGUUGGAGCAGCGACAGGAGCAGCAACAGCAACCCAGUCAGCAACUGAAGCGUUCGUUAGAGUUAUCGGCAGUCAACCCUAGCCGGAAGUGUGCUGGGCAGCAACAGUCACGCCGGCCACUGGCGGUGGUGGGGCGAUACGCUAGGUCGUUGUCAGGGGGGCGAGGUAGUGGUAGUGCUGGUGGUGGUGCGGCUGCUGCCGCUACCGCCGCCGCUGCGGCCGCCCUCGCGACGCUCGCUGACUGGCCAAGCGGUCGGGCCUGCCUGCAACGGUAUCUGCUGGCCACCACCCAGCAGCAGCAACAGCAGCAGGAAGGGAGUGAUGCCGUCGGUGAUGGUGGUGGUGGUGGGGGAGGCAAUGGCGGCAGGCGCGAUGGUGGUGAGGCUUGCAUCACGUCAUCCACUGCCAGCGUGUCACUGCUCGCCGCUGUUGAUGCCUUCCGCACUACGGUCAGUAGCGUGAUGGAAGCGGAGAGCGAAGCACGGAUAGGUGGGAUCGCCGCUGACCCUCCGCCUAUGGUCCACUACCAAGGCACUAGCGGCCAACGGCCAGCGAGCCAAGCUACCUCGUCGCGACGCACCCCAACCCAGCGUGUUGCAAAUUAUUUGGGCAGGGAAGCUACGAUCCCGCCAAAGGGUGGUGAGCCAGCGGCCAGCGUCCAGCAACCCGCAGCGCAUCCGCACCCGGGCAGCAGCAGCAGCAGCAGUGCAACGUCGCGCAAGGGAGGCCGCUUCCGGCUGCACUGGCUUUGCCAGUUCGAGUGGCUCCAGUACGACGAGGACAUGAACUACAUGUACUGCAAGUACUGCCGCCGCUGGAGCAGCGACAUACCGGACAUUCGGACGUCGUUCGCCGAGGGCAACAGCAACUUCCGGCUCGAGAUCGUUAACCACCACGACAAGUGCAAGGCGCACCGACUCUGUAGCGAGCGCGAGGCCGCCGAAGCGCAGCUAUUGCUGCAGCGACUGCCGCGGAUCGGACCGUUGGACGAUAAGACGGCAAGACAGCAACAAGCGAGCACCACCAAGCGGGAAGGUGACGAGACCAGCAGUCCCGACGACGGGGGUGGAACAGCAGCCACCGUGGCGUAAGCAAAGGCGAGACGACGGCCAAAACAAUACGGGCACCAUCACGAGCAAUACACAAAGUGUCUUCACACAAGCGCCUCUCCGCAACGAUAAAAGUCCUGAGACCUGAAGUGACCUCAGAAGUCGCGUACACGCACACAGCUCUUACCUCACCCCAGGGAGAUUGGUUUCAGUCGCCAAUGAGCGCGCCCCGUCCUGUGCAGUGCGCUUUAGAUGUAGCACACCCCGCAGCCUACACAUCGACCCCCACCCCGAUCCCCGCCGCCCGUAGAACUCAUACAUUGUGCCAGAGCAGAGCGCGGUAGGGUAGAGAGCUGCUAGAGUAGGAAUAGGAAAGCGAUCCUCACAAACAAUUUACUCGCGGCCAUAUUUAGUCGUAUCCUUCGGGCAGUUUUAGAGCUACUAAGAGAGUGGAAAUGGGGGCACGCAGAGCCCGACGGCAGGAAAGUUGAUCGUUGAUGAAAACCGAGGCAGACACAGCGCCUUUAACUGUUUUAC